GUUUUCUCUUCUGAACUCGUCAAUGGCGGCUUCCGUUCUUCUCAAUCAUGCUCAAUCUCUCUCCGUCGGCUCACACAGUUUUAGAUCCAAUUUUGUUUUGAGUUUCGGACUUGAUUAACCUUGCUUAUCACUUAUCAGACUUGCUAUUGUAAGAACUCUUGUUGAUUAGUAGUGGUUUGCUACAAACUCUUGAUUUAUUUGGGAUAUCGCUCCAAAGUUCGGUGCCUUGCUUGUUUUCCCUGAGGUUCGUUGGUGUUUAUUAGCAUAGGUAUUAUGGAGAGUCUAUGCCUUAUGGAAGCAUGGAAGAAGCUUACAAGAACGCUACCACUUUAUCAUAUCUCACAACUGAGCAAGCUCUUGCUGAUUUUGCUGUUUUUGUCACUGAUUUGAAACGUAACUUGUCUGCGGAAGCUUGCCCAGUUGUGUUGUUUGGUGGAUCAUAUGGUGGAAUGUUAGCAACAUGGAUGAGGCUCAAGUAUCCUCACAUUGCAAUAGGAGCUUUAGCUUCCUCAGCUCCAAUUCUUCAGUUUGAAGAUAUUGUACCUCCUGAGACGUUCUAUGACAUCGCAUCAAAUGAUUUCAAGCGUGAGAGUAGCAACUGCUUCAACACCAUUAAGGACUCGUGGGAUGCAAUAAUAGCAGAGGGUCAGAAGGAGAAUGGCCUUCUGCAGCUGACGAAAAUUUUUCACUUUUGUCGGGUGUUGAACAGUACUGAUGACCUUUUAGACUGGCUGGACUUUGCUUAUAGUUAUUUGGCAAUGGUGGAUUAUCCGUAUCCCGCUGACUUCAUGAUGCCUUUGCCUGGAUAUCCCAUUAAAGAGGUGUUAUGCUCGUCUUCAUCGAAGGGCUGUGAACUGUAAAGAAGAAGAAGUGUGGCCAUAGCAAGCAUGAUUUUUUUGUUAUCUCAUUUGUUGUAAUAGAAGCCUAAGAAAAAUCCGAUCUUGCUUGCCUUGUAUUUUGUUUUCCACUUGAGAUAGUUUUUGUUCUUGUCUCAUUGAAUUUUUAUGUUAAAAUUUUAUAUCAAUAAAAGGAUUUGGUUUUC